AUGUAUGCCGACGACGAACAUCGACGUUAUGGAGACUCAACAAGACUCGAGCCGAUUGUUGAACAACAAGAUGAUGAGAUGAUUACAACUCCGACGAGCAUGUCUAGUCUUGUUACUGAUCAUUUCGAUGAGAAACGGCGGGUUCAAGAAGAAAUUCGUCAAUUUGAAGAGCUGGAAAAAGAGCUCGUUUCGAGUCGACAUGGCAUUCGGGUUAAAUUUGAUGAGAACGAUCUGUAUCAUCCGUCUCCGCAGACGACAGUUAUUAGAACAGAACCAUGUUUUCAAGUGCAUUCAUGCGAAGAUCAAGUCACCAAACAUUUCUACGCGAAUGAAUAUCAACUGAAAAUAAAUGAAAAGGCGACUCAAUCAAAAACACCAAGUGAACCCGACAGUCUCGAUGAUGAGUGUCUAAUGUCGUUUGAAGAGCCAACUCUUCAAGUUACUGAUCGAAAUACUUCUUCACCGGCAAAAUCUAUUCUUAAGAAGUCUUCACUAAAAGAUCAAUUGUCGGUUCCUGACUCGAAUGUCUCUUCUCGAUCUCGUUCACCCUCACCUACUUCGUCGUCUUCUUCUCUGAAGAAGACAUUAAAAUUCUCAACACCGUCUCAAUCUAAUCAAGUUCAACAUCUUGCUAGUGUUACAGCUAAACAAUCAUCUUGCCAGUCUCCUCCAUCUAGCCGGUCAUUAUUCGAACCAACAAUCAAUAUAUUCGAUUCAUGUGACGACACUACUCGUCGUCCGUCUCGACUUCGCUAUUAUAUCAAACCAUAUCGAGGAGAUACUUAUAUUCAUCCGAAUAUAACCAAGCCACAAUCUCGAUCAUUAUCGGAGCAACGAUUCUCUCAUUACCCUGAACCUACUGUUUGGUAUACCUUUGCAAAUCAAUACAGCCGACCGCUGAAUCGUAGACAACAUGUUUCAUGGUCACCGGUUCGGGAAUACAUUCAUCAGGGAAGAGACAAACUUGGGAAAACUCUAACGAAAAAGAAAGAGGUAUUUCUAUCUCCUUUAUCAAAUCGUUCUUCAAGCAACCCGUGCCUACGGAGUUCUUCAUCUUCUAUGAUACCCAUCUCUAUUCGUUAUCGAUCGCCACAGAUACUUUGCCCGCCGUCAGUAGACUCGUACGAAACAUCUUCCAUGACCAAUUAUUCUCUCACACCGACUUCUCAGUACGAAGAGAAACAAGAAGUUCGAUUUUCAUCGAGUUCGUCCGAUCAUAUCGAUACGAUACAACGCUAUGACCGACUACUAGAAAAGAUGCGCGCAACCGAUGAACAACUAAAACGUUUAUCACGAUCGUGGGCGACUCAUACACCACUUAAAGUACCUAAUCGAUCGAAUUUAACAGCAACGAAAUCCACGAAUAAUAAGGACUUGAUUUCACCGAUGAUUUUUCAGGUGUGUCUCAUUAUUCUCGUGGUUUUCAAUCUACUUGCUGUUUACUAUUUUAACGAAAUUAACAUUCUAUGGAAUCGCUUUGUUGCACAUCGAGAACUUCAUGAACAGUUGGAUGAGGAGAUGAGUACUUUUGAAUAG